AAAAAAUAAUUUUGACUCGUCCCUCCUUUACAAUUAUAAUGAGGCACUUACAAUGGAAGUGAAUGGAAGCCAAUCUGUAUCUGUAUCACUAUUUCAAGUAUAGCGACAAGACGUAAACAAUAUGUGUGUUAACAUGAUUUUAGUGUGAUAAAAUUGCUUACUAACCUUUUCUGUGUAAAGUUAUAGUGAAUUUGACAACUUCGUUACCAUAACGAUGUAAUGUCAACAAACCCUAAAACGACUGUAAAAAAUGACAAUUUAAACAAAUUUACAGCUCAAAUAAUACACAAGCUUUAACAGAAAAGUGCUUUUAUAUAAUUAUAAGCUUCACAUUUCUGCCUUUAAACCCUCCAAAAAUGGGCCCCAUUGUAAGUGCCUCACUGUAACAUCGAUUUUUUAAAUUAUUUAUUUAUUUAUUUUUAAGAAAAGGAUGGAUGAAUCGAAAUUAUGUUUGUGGUAAUCAACAUUAUGCCACAGAUGCUAUCGGUUGAGUUUAACUUUUAUUGAGCCCGGAAUAUUCCUUUACAAUAAGGUGGAAUGUUUACGGUACCAUAGUAGAAUUUUGUGUAAAUGCUAAUUUUACUUAAAAUAUUUGAAACUGGGGACCGAUAGAAAAAUGACCAAACAUUACUAUGUUACGAAAUCAAAAAAUUUGCAGAGUGCCUAUUUGAAGAAAUUUUAAAGUUUGUCGUUAUUUCAUCCCUCCUCACGAUAAAGGAAAGGACUUUUAUUCUGGAUUGACUUUUAACCGGAAAUAGUAGCUGGAGACGGAUGCUAGCCAAAUUAGCGCUGCCGUUUGUUUUGUGCGGAGCAGGCGCACACCGCUGCAAAGACUAGAACCGUUGACCUCGCGUAUAGUUGAUUUAUUUAUUACCGUCAUUAUAACUGUGGGCUUAUUUUCACCAUGCCGUAUGCCAACCAGCCUACAGUAAAAAUCACAGAGCUAUCAGACGAAAAUGUGAUGUUUGUGAUCGAGAACACCGAUCUCGCGGUGGCAAAUUCGAUUCGACGUGUGUUCAUGUCAGAGGUUCCAACCAUCGCUAUCGACUGGGUUCAGAUUGAUGCCAACUCUUCUGUGCUCCAUGAUGAGUUUAUUGCUCACAGAGUGGGGUUGAUUCCACUUACAAGUGAUGAUAUUGUCGACAAGAUGCAGUACUCCAGGGACUGCACAUGUGAUGAUUUCUGUCCGGAGUGUUCGGUUGAGCUCACGCUUGAUGUCAGAUGCACAGAGGAUCAGACACGACACGUGACCUCUCGAGAUCUCCUUUCCAAUAACCCCAGAGUCAUCCCUGUAACAUCCAGAAGUCGAGACAAUGAUCCCAAUGACUACGUAGAGCAAGAUGACAUCCUGUUGGUGAAACUGCGGAAGGGCCAAGAGUUGCGUCUCAGAGCGUAUGCUAAAAAGGGUUUUGGCAAGGAACAUGCCAAGUGGAACCCUACUGCAGGGGUGGCCUUUGAGUAUGACCCAGACAAUGCACUGAGACACACCGUGUACCCCAUUCCACAGGAAUGGCCUAAAAGUGAAUAUUCAGAGAUUGAAGAGGAUGAGAGAGUUCAAGCUCCAUAUGAUCCUAAUGGCAAGCCAGAAAAGUUCUAUUAUAACGUAGAUUCCUGCGGUUCACUCCGGCCGGAGACUAUCGUCAUGUCUGCUUUUGCCGUGUUAAAGAAGAAACUGAGUGAUCUGCAAACACAGCUCAGCCAUGAAAUUCAGAGUGACGUGCUCACCAUUAACUGAAGUUCAGUAGCCAGAAUGUACUAUACAGCUUUUUAAAAUUUAGAUUAGAGGAAUUUGUGGGGAUAUAUAUUUUUUCAGCUGUUAUUUGUUUUUCCUUUGAUGAAACCAUGUUAUGAAGGGUGGAGAAUUCUGUUGAUAAUAAACGCAAGAAGUGUUUUGUGAAACAUGUUUAGUUACACAAUGCAGAUAAAACAUCAUGUGGGUUUUUUAAAUUAUGUGAAGAGGCCAUUCUCUUGAUAAAUAUAUAAUCAUGGCAAGAUAGUUUGUAUGAAUAUGAGAGAGCAUCGAACCGCAUGCUGAUAAUGGGAAAAAUUUAUUUCAAGCAAAACAAGCCCUGUAAUGGAUAUGUAACAAAUUGACAUAAAACCAAGCGAAGAUAAGCUAUGUAAACAAAACACAUGGAAGGGCUACAUGAGUUCAACAACAGAUUGUGCAAUCAUAUUUAUUUCUUCCUGUAAAUUUUGGUUUUUCAUUACAUAAGUAUUGAGGAUUUUGGGGAAAGUGCAGUCACAAAAAUGUCUCUCAUUUUAAUCAAGAAUUCUAUUUUAGCACAAAAUUACAUCAACAUAGAUCAAGUGAAUGCAUUCCUCACAGUAAGUGUGUGAGAGACAACUAUGAAGAAUAAACUGAGAAAUUCUUCUGGAAACUGAGUGUCUUCAUAUAAAAUGCUUUUUCACUUAAAAUUGAAAUCAUUUUAAGGUGUAAUUUGGUCAUACACCAAGUUGGAAAUGUUUUCGCAUAUCGUACGUUGUUAAGUGGCAUAUGUGCUCGUUUUUGUUUCGUCAAAUAUACACACCACACAAAUCGACAUUUUAACUUCUUUAAUUACAUAAUCUAAAAGAAGCAGGUGACAGCCAUUAUCUCAUUAUUUUCAUAUGUUGUAAUUCACUGAGACCUAUGUAUAUGUAAAUUUCAUUUCAUUAUAUUAUAUACUGUACUGUGGUAUACUGGCAAGGAAAACCCAAACAGUGUUCUUUAUAACUUUGUGUAUUGCUUCUUAACUGAUACCACAUAGAUUUUUGGCACACCAUAUAUCAGAGUUAAAUUUCAUAAAAAUUUCAUAAAUAUUUCUAUAAAUCUUUAAAAUACUGUGCUGUUUCCUAAAAUAAGAUAUAUAGAGAUGAUAACUCUAACUCCUCUAAGGUUGAGAGAUAAGCAAACAUAUAUAAUUUUUAUUUCUGAAUCUCUUCACUGCAUACUUUAAACAGUCAUCAUACCUUUAUUUCAUUCACAGGCAUUCUCGACAUCUAUUAAUUUCCCCUCAGUUCUGAUAUUACCCACAGUGUUUUGAACUUAAUACUGAAGGUGACAUGUAUAAUGCUGGCUUACGAUCUCUUCGUGUCUGGUGAAAGAAUGUUUCAACUAUGUAUUUAUCACACAACUAUAUUAAUAUUAAUCUCAUCCCAUACCUGUGUAGUUAUGGAAUAUUUAAACAGAAAUGGCUGUGGGAUUUUUCUAUGGCGUUUAUAGUCCAAAAAAAUUGAAUCAAAUUUUUGAUAACUGACAAUAACGACAAUAAAAUCACAACUAACCAAGAGAUGUUGUGGUGUGAGAUUGUAACAUGGAUAGGCACACGUUGCAGUUACAUGUUUAGAUAGAAUUAACAACUUAAUAUGACAGCAAAAUCAAAUGUCUCUCUACUUGUCGCACAAAGGCCCUGUGGAUGUGGUGCUAUCAAAAGUUUUGCAGGACAUAAAUGAAAAGGACAUUUCAAUAAAAGCACUUUGAUUUUAAGCUGUGGACUAUUAAUCAAGAAUGUGAAAGUGUUUUGACUGUGGACACUUAAAAUUGGCUGAAGUUUGUCUGCCCGUAUCAAAUUUCAAACAAAAAUAAAAGUAGCCUACUAUUCAAUUUACAGAUAUGAUAUCCUGUACCAGUUACAAUUGGCGAAAUUGAUAUGUAUAGAUCAAGGUUUCCUAUAGCGUUCUGGACGUUCUUUUUUUACCAUCC